GUAAACCUAAAAGCCGCACAACUUUCACUUUGGGGCAAAAGUUAUAAAAGAAAUGGAUAAUUCUGAUGAAACAGCUUGUCUUUUCCCUCCUCCUGAUCGACUCCGUAACGAAUCGCAUGUUAAAUGCAUGGAUGACUACAAGGAAAUGUAUAAGCGAUCAGUGGAAGACCCCGAAGGUUUCUGGGGAGAUAUUGCAAAGCAAUUUUAUUGGGUAUCGCCUCCCACAGGAAAAUUUGUAGAUUAUAAUUUUGACUGUAGAAAAGGUCGCAUAUCUAUAAAGUGGAUGGAGGGUGCUAAAACAAACAUUUGCUUCAAUGCUAUAGACCGUCAUGUCAAUAAUGGACAAGGAGACAAGGUUGCUUUCUUCUGGGAAGGAAAUGACCCAGCUGACCAUGAUUCAGGACAUAUUACCUACUUGCAGCUAAAAGAUAAAAUCUGCAAGUUUGCUAAUAUUUUAAAGCAAUGUGGAAUAAAGAAAGGAGACCGUGUAGCCAUUUAUAUGCCAAUGAUAGUAGAACUUACUGUAGCAAUGUUAGCAUGUGCUAGACUUGGCAUAGUACAUUCCAUAGUGUUUGCUGGAUUUUCUGCUGAAUCUCUUGCUGACAGAAUCUUAGAUGGUCAGUGUUGUGCCAUAGUAACAGCUGAUGGUGUGUGGAGAGGGAGUAAACUGCUCAAUUUGAAAUCCAUAGUAGAUGUUGCCUUAGAAAUUUGUUCAAAAAGGGACCACAAGUUAUCACAUUGUUUUAUUGUGAAGCAUUUGUUACCAAAGGGGCAUAGUGUACAAGAAAAUGGAGAUUUUGUAAAUUAUCCUGAGGAAAUACCUGCCAAAAGACCAACACAUAGUUUAAAGAUAAAUUGGACAGAUGGUCGAGAUAUUUGGUGGCAUGAUGUGAUGGGAACAGCGUCCACUGACUGUGAACCUGAGUGGAUGGAUGCAGAAGAUCCAUUAUUCAUGUUAUACACUAGUGGAUCUACAGGCAAACCAAAAGGAGUGCUCCACACUGUAGGAGGAUAUAUGUUAUACUCUGCCACAACAUUUAAGUAUGCCUUUGACUAUCAACCAGAUGAUAUUUACUGGUGUACAGCUGAUGUUGGGUGGAUUACUGGUCAUACAUAUGUUGCAUAUGGUCCACUCAAUAAUGGUGCUACCAGUAUUAUAUUUGAAGGUACACCAUUCUUUCCUGAUGCUGGAAGAUUCUGGGCCAUCAUAGAGAAAUAUAAAGUGACUAAGUUUUACACAGCACCAACAGCUAUUAGAUCUCUGAUGAGAUAUGGGGAUGAAUAUGUUACAAAAUAUGACAGAUCCUCCUUGAAAGUGUUAGCUACAGUAGGGGAACCAAUUAACCCAGAAGCCUGGCUAUGGUAUCACAAUGUUGUAGGCAAUAAACAAUGUGCUGUGGUGGACACAUUCUGGCAGACUGAGACAGGUGGACACACAAUUACACCAUUACCAGGAGCCACACCAACAAAACCAGGAUCUGCUACAUUCCCAUUCUUUGGAAUUGUACCUGUUAUAAUGUCAGAUGAAGGUGUAGAAAUCACAGAACCUAAUGUAGAAGGAUAUCUGGUAUUUAAACAGCCAUGGCCAGGCCUGAUGAGAACAGUGUAUGGUGACCAUGAGAGAUAUGAAACAACAUAUUUUAAGAAAUUCCCUGGUUAUUACUGUACAGGGGAUGGAGCCAAACGAGACGAGGAUGGCUAUAUCUGGGUAACAGGAAGAAUAGAUGAUAUGGUGAAUGUGUCAGGCCAUUUACUUAGUACUGCAGAGAUAGAAUCUGCUCUGGUAGAACACCCAACUGUCGCUGAGGCUGCUGUCGUCUCUCAUCCUCAUAAAAUUAAAGGAGAAUGUACAUACUGUUUUGUCACACUGAAAGAGGGUAAAGAGUUUUCUGAUGCUUUGAAAAAAGAACUCAUGGAAAGAGUGAGGAAGAAGAUUGGUCCAUUUGCUCAACCAGAUUUUGUACAGAAUGCUCCUGGACUGCCAAAAACAAGGUCAGGGAAAAUCAUGCGCCGUGUACUCAGGAAAAUAGCAGUGGGAGACAAAAAUGUGGGCGAUAUCACAACCAUGGCUGAUGAAACUGUCAUAGAUAAACUCUUCCAACUCCGUCCUCCUGAAGCAUAGAACAAAUCAUUUAUGUAAAUUUAAACUAAGCAAAAACUAAUACAGACAUGACAUAUAUGUGAAAAUAGUUCUUUUUAAUGUAUUAGGACUCACGUCUUUAGUGCAAGUUCAAGAGCUGGUUUUUUCACAAUAAAACAUUUAUAGAUUGAAGGAAUUUUAAUAUUUUCAAACACUGUUAACCAUUAUUGACCAUAAGACCAUAUAAAACUAACUUACUAACUUUCUUUUUCUCAGACAUGAUCAAUUUAUGCCAGUCAAUAAUUGUCUAAUGGCCCAUUUAAAUUGAAGGAUGGUCAAAAAUUACUUCAGAUAAGUGCAUUAGAAUUUCUUUAACUUUUAUUAUUUGAGCAUAAGUAACAAUUUAGGUAAGGUUCCAAACAGCUUUAUUGUGAUUUGUCUGUAUCAAAUGUAUUUUAUGUUUGCUAUCUAUAAAAGAAAUAUCAGAAAUAUAUUCGAGAACUUUAACAUUUGAAAUUUCAUUAUCAAUAUUAGUGUUGAAUUGCAAGAAAGAGGCUUCUAUUUUUUUUUAUCUGAUCUCUUUUCUAUUUUUUUAAAUUAAGUGCUUAUGAUCAUGAACCAAAUAUAUUUUUUAUGGCCUCUUUAUUUUAACUGUUAUUUCUUUGUUAAUUCUUUUUUAAGUGCAAUAUUAUCAUCUAUUGUAUCAUUUUUUGUAUUUAAAUCAUUGGAUCUGUUUAUACAUUGAAUACAAAAUACAGAAAACAUUUUGAAAAGGUGGCAAACUUUUCUAUAUGUUUUUUUUCUUUACUGGUGUAAGAUUAUAUAUCUGUUGACAUAAUUAGCUGUAUUAAAAGAUAUUUUCUAUCAAGCAGACAUAAAGAAUCUGUGUCAUUCUGAAGAAGAAGAAUAUUUUAUUUCCAAUUAGGGGCCCCAAAGGGCAUAAACAUUACAACAUGAAUAAUUUUCACAAUACAAUACAAACAAUGAGAUAAAAAACAAAAACAAAAUAAAGAACCAUUCAAGUUCUUAAAGUAAUAUAUAGAUAAAGAACCUAUAAUUUGAAACAUAUAAUGCAUUAUAAUGCAAGUGUGGUUGAUAUAGAUAACAAACAAACAGCCAAAAAUAGUUAUUUUUUUAUGAAAAUAGGUUUGUUUGUUGGAACAUCACUAUUGCUGUAUUUAGAUAAAUUUACUAUAUUGUAAUACUUUAUUUAUGAAAUAGCUGUAUUUUUCUAAUUGAGGUCAGUUGCUUGUUGUUAAAAAUUAAAUAAUUGCUACUGAUAAUACAUUUUUAUUUGGUUAGUGUUAAUGUUUUAAUCAUUGCAAAAAGACCAGUCAUACUUUAAAUCUUUAAAUGACAUUGCUAAAUACAUUUCAACUACAUUUUUCAACUGGCAAUUUUUUCAAAUAAAAAAUGUACUUUUCAUGAAUUCUUUACUAUAGUCGAAAGUUACAAAGGCCAAAUUUUACUUAAACAUGAUAACGGUUUUAAAUACUCAUAAAAAAGCUAGAUAUUGUUAUUGUAAUAUUCAGGACAUGUUCCUCGGAGUUAUUUUUCUAUGACUUUUUUAAUACAGAAUUAUAUUUAGCAUAAACAUCUAUAUAAAAUUGAGAAUGGAAAUGGGGAAUGUGUCAAAGAGACAACAACCCGACCAAACAGCAGAAAACAGCCCAAGGCCACCAAUGGGUCUUCACCACAUGUUUGCCAUGGUUUCUGAAUAAAAAUGACAUGAAUAUAUAAUCUCUUUUUCAGAUAUGUUAAAAAUUUAAACAUUUAGGUAAAUUUUGUGAGAAUUUGUCAGUAGGAGUUACAAGUGCUUUUAUGAAUUCUAAAAUAUUCAAGGAAGUUUUCUUUUACAGUCUUGAGUUAUUCUAGAAAAGGUUUUUGCAGUAGGUACAUAUAAAUGUGGAGUACAUUGUAUAAUUAUUUUAAUGUUCUCUCAUGAAAUUUUGAUCAAACUGCAAACUAAAACUAAAUGUGCUUUCAAAUUUUCUUGCAAUUGGUGCAUUUCAUUGUAAUUUUAUCCAGGGCUAUUUAAAAAAAAUUCAAGUAUUGAAACCAAAAUUACUUGUGUAGGAGCGUUAUUACAUCAAAAUGAAAGUCAUGUAUAGCGAGCUGUUUCACCCAAGCAAUAUUGAUUUAGAUUCAUAAAUGGUGGAGUAGUGGACCAACUGCUUCGCUUUUGUCUUUUUCUUUUGGCCAUGGUGUUGUUUAUCCUUUCAUUCAUUAUGAUGAUUUCACACUUGUUAAUUUCUUACUUUUUCUGUUUAAAUAGCUCUCGAUAAAGUUCAAAUUGAACUGAACAGUUGCAAGUAAAUUUAUAACUUAUUGUGUAUGUAUUCUUUCUAUACUAUAUAUGGAUGUUUAAAAUAUUACUGAAAGAGAAAAUGGUUUUUAUUGGGAAAACUAUAAAUUAAAUUACAGUUUUUGUCUCGCCUUGACAGAGUCAAAAAACGAGACAUUGGUAUGCUGUUUCCGGCAGCGGGGGCGGCGUCAACAAUGUAUUAGUUUGUAAUUAGGUCUAGUUUAUGGUGACCCACUAGCGGUAGGUCAAUGAUAUUUAGUAUGCAGUUGAAUUUGCAUUGGCACAUCUCAUUUCCAUGGAGAUUAUUUGGCCCUGCCCCCUCAGUCAUGGUCUAUUGACUUUGAAACUUUCACUUAGUUUACAUGUAUUAAUUUGUGAUUAGGUCAGUUUCUGGGGAACCACUAGUGGUAGGUCAAUGAUAUUUGGUAAGCAGUUGUAUAAGCAUUGGCAUAUCUCAUUUCCAUGGAGAUUGUUUGGCCAUGCCCCCUCAGUCAUGGUCUAUUGAAUUUGAAACUUUUACUUAGUCUACAUGUAUUAGUUUGUGAUUAGGUCAGUUUCUGGGGAACCACUAGUGGUGGGUCAAUGAUAUUUGGCAUGCAGUUGUAUAAGCAUUGGCACAUCUCAUUUCCAUGGAAAUUAUUUUGCCCCACCUCCUCAGUCAUGGUUAAUUGACUUUGAAUAUUUUUCAUAACUUGCAUUUUAGAGUAUUGCUAUUUUAAUUUCAACACUUGCAUUUUACUAUCAAAAUAACAAAAAGGUGAGACAUAUCUCUAUGUUAACAGUUUAUUAUUACUAUUUGUUGGGAGCUUAGAUUUGUUCUUGGUUUUUCAAAAUUUGAUAGAAACAUUUAACAGUAAAAUAAAAUGGCAUUGUUUCUUUUGAAUCUCAAACUGUACUACUGCUCAAGUUUGUAAGACAGCAUGUGAAAAAAGAAUAUCAACAGUCAUUUGAGUUUGUGUCUUGUUUUUAGACCCUAUAUCUAUGUUCGAACUUAAUGUUUAUUUUGUUUAUUUAUAGAUUUUGCACAUGCCCUACUAUUUACUUACUCGAUUAUUUUAUCACAUAUAGUAUUGUUAGAAAUAUAUAGCACAACAUAUUUAACCAUUUGUUUUAUAGUUAAGUUGAAAACUUAUAAAAUCAAAUCUUACAAUUCAAGGAAUUAUGAAUUUUAUUUGAAUCUCUUGGAAAAAGAGUUUAUGCAUUUAAAUUUUGAUACUUUUGUACACACAAGUCACCAUACUCCCAAUAAAAUCAGCAAAAUAAGAACAAAAUUCUAUUUGAAUAGAAACUGAUUUUUUCAGGAGAUAAUUAAAUCAGUCACUUGAAGGGAAUAAUAAAAAAAGGUGUGGAUAGGGUAUUUUGUUUAAAUUUCACAGAGCACUGAAAACAAUGGUCAGGUUGCAGUAAUGUCCAUUUUAAUUAUCUCCCCUGAAUUGAACACAUUGAUUUAGAAUUAUCUCCCCAUACAAAAUCAUAUUCUAUAAACGAUGAAUGAGUCUUGAAUGAUGAUUUAUGUUUAGGUAACUGUGAUUGGUAACUUAUUCAGAAUGAUGUCAUGUUAUUGGUAGAUUUGUUGACAUCAGCAUGAUAGUUGUCCUAUCAGAUCAGUUUAGCAAUGUCAAUCUAUAUUAAAGAAUGAAUUUCAUUACAGUCUAGUGAUACUAUUUUAGUUAAUUUUAUAAAUGAUUAUUCCAUUGUAGCAUUUUCUCCUUAUUUGAAAUUUUUACUUUUAUUAACCUUUGUUAUCUUUUUAUAAUUCUAGAAAUGAUUGUUUUUCAAGGACAUGGUUUUUGUGGUCAGUGCAAUUUAUUUUACUAUACAUGUCCAGGAAGCCAAUCAAAUGUAAGGCAAGAAAUUGUUGUUUGACACAAAUUUCUAUAUUAUUCUUAUGGUUUUUAUCACAAUAAACAAACGUUCUAAUAACAGUCCUGAUUAGUUUCCUUUAGACCUUAAAAAGCCAAAUUAUUUGAUGAUUAUGAAUGAUGGAAAUCUGGAAAUCUUGAAGAAAAUCCUGCACUUUUUUCAAAGAUUACAAUGUGUUUAACUAAUUUGUUUUCUAAGUUGAAUUAUUUUCACAAAAUAGUGCAUAAUAAUGAAAUUUCAUAUUGGAUAUUACUAUUUUAUUGAAAUUGGGUACAUGUAAUUGUUUAAAAGAUUUUAAGCAGUUUUAUUUUGGUUGUGUUCAUGGAGAUUAUAAUCGUACCCAGCAUUAGUGGAAAGGGUAUCUCUUGUUAAUGUUGUUCAGUGUUGAUGGAGAUUAUAAUCGUACCCAGCAUUAGUGGAAAGGGUAUCUCUUGUUAAUGUUGUUCAGUGUUGAAUGAUAUAUGUAUGUGUUAAAUAUAGAACCACUUUGUAUCUACAUGUUUUAUACAAAAUAAUUUCACGUUAUUUAAUCUAAACAUAUAUUGUACACAGGGAAGACAUUUUUGAAUAAUUUGAAUAUUGAUUUUUACUAAUGGUAUGUACCUGCUUUUGCACUCUCAAAAGGUGGAUUUAGACAUUAAUAUAUUGAUAGGGUAAAGCUACUUGCUGAAAUGGAUGUGAAUUGAUAUAUUUUAAUUUUAUUUAUUAAAAUGAUAGUAUAUGUUAUAAAAUUAAAUCUAAAUUAUAGAAUGAAAUAUGCAUUUCUGAUUCUUCGCGAAAAGGCAUAUUGUUUACUGACCAAAUGUAACACUGUUUGGAGAUGCAGUUUAGAUAAUAAAUAGAUUGAUAUUUACUUGUAGGAUAAGAUAUCUAUACAUUGAUACAGUCAAUCUGGUUUAAAGUAAUUCAUAAGGAAUCUUGACAUCUAUCAACUGUUACUGUAAACAACACAUAUAUUUCACAGGAAUAAAAAGCUUAAAAUAAUAAUUUGUUUCAAUUAUAACUAUAGAUUAUUUAUUAUUCCUUUUGAAUUUUAGAGUUGGGGUGUGGUCCUUUGGUUUCAUUAGAUAAUAUUUAAAUGCUUUUCAGUUACAUAUCAAUAAAUCUGUUUUACUCUACCAAGGGUAGUUGUUUUUACUCUAUCAAGGGUAGUUGAUACAGUUUCAAGGGAGAUAAAUGUCAAAGCUCAAUGUCCUGUUGUUACUAGAUAAUGAAAUCAAAUCACAGAAUAGAAAAUCUAAAAAAUACAGUUAUUCCCUAAAUUAGAAAGGAAAUGUUUUGUCAUUUUUACAUGAAACUGGGGAAAUAUUGGUUUUUGUCAGAAUGUAUCUCAGCAACUCUACUUUCUUGAAUCCAUCAAAUUUUUGCAGACUUCUUUUUCUCUUUAAAACUAUUGAUUCAAUUGUAAAUCUACAAAAUGUACGACAUAUUAAAAUGAGGUUAAUUUUAUAACUAUAUACAAAUGAAAGAUAUUUGAAUUUGCAAAAAUAACUAGCUUUAAGAAAAUAAAAUGUUUUUAGAAGUAAAAAAUAAUCCAUGAAUAUUCUAAAUAAAGACUCAAUUGUCAUAGAUAUUUAAUACCUUACUCUGACAUAUAUUUUUAUUUGUUUUGUUAAAUAGUGCAAUAAAUAUAGCAAUACUUUACUUAUAAAUAAAAAAAGAUAGAUUUUUAUAGUGGCAACUUGCAAUUAAUUUUUAGAAAUUAAUCCCAGCUGUUAAAAAUUGUUUACAUCAGUACAAUCAUCAACUUAUUAAAUGGAUUUAGAUUUUGACUGUUUCAAAGUUUACAAUAGGUAGGAAUGAGGGAUGAUCUAAAGGUGUCAAAAUUUUAUGUUCAGUCCCUUUAUAAAAAAGUCUCAUAUAAAUGUCUUCACCUAGUUUAGAAUCAAUAUUAAAUUAUGUAGUAAUGCCAAUAAAUUAUAACAUGGAA